GACAAAUCACAGCAAGACUCAUUCAGAACCUGCAGGAGCCCCGGACCUGGACCGACCCAGACCAUCAGGACCAGUUCAGUCCAUCAGGACCAGUUCAGACCAUCAGGACCAGUUCAGUCCAUCAGGUCCAGUUCAGACCAUCAGGACCAGUUCAGUCCAUCAGGUCCAGUUCAGACCAUCAGGACCAGAUCUUUCCAGGAUGUGGAUUUUACUGAUACUGUUCUGUCUGCUGGAUCAGAACCAGGCUACACCUGUAACAUGGGAACAACUCAGCAGCCUUCAGCCCUUUCUGCAACAAGUGGGCCAGACAUCUCCCUCCCCUCCUCCUGACGCCGGUGGACAGAGGACCUCCUCCUCCUCCUCUUCAUCAUCAGCCUCCUCGGAGUCGAGCCAGAGUUCAGAGGGUCCUCAACUGCUGAGAGAGCGAGAGAGGCUGGAGACCACGGCUGUGGAGCAGACAGACUCAUCUCAGGAGGGCCCGGAGCUCCGCCCCUCUCUCAGCAGGUCCAGUCUGCGGCUCCAUGAACUGGUUCUGCUGGGAGAGAGAGUGGGCGAGCGAGACAGAGAGAGAGAAACAGGUGAUGACAGUGUGGCGAGCAGAGAGCGCCGCGGCCAGCCCGUGUUGCUGACCUUUCACCACCUCAUGGCUCAACCUCGAGGAGUCGCUGUCACUGCAGGUGGAGCUGCCGCAAACCACCGCGGAGCCACAGUGGAUGGGGGCGUGGCUGAAUCUAUGGUGGGCGUGGCAGAGGAGGGUGAAGAGGCGGACCCAGCGUCUCCUCAGCUGGUGGACGACAGCACAGAGCGGGCAGACAGACUGACCCGGGACUCACCAGGCCACGCCCACCACCUCGAUAAGGCGGGGUUUGAGCUGGGGCUGUGAGGCCCCGCCCCCUGCAGACAGCUAUCUAUCAGUAAUCAAUCACUAGUGAAGUUCUCGUCUGUGUGUGGAGUUUGAUUUUUACUCAGUCACAGCGCCACAGUGUGGACAGUCAUUAACUCGACAGGCUACACUCUUUGUAAUGAAUUAUUGAUCUUCACUGAACUAAUCACAUGAACUACUCAUGUGGGAACAGAGGGGCAUGCUGGGUAACGAGUGGCUGUUUGUCGAUGACAACGUGUUGAAACAUCAGGUGAUGUCGAGUGCUUCUGAUGUUCGGACACAAACAAUCAUCUUAACGAUUAUCUUAACGAUUAUCUUACGUUAAUCUUCUAUCUUCUGAGUGUUUAAUGUUUAAAAACCCCUGAACACCACUGACAUGUUUUAAAUCAUCUGUGUAAAUGUUUAUAAUCACUCUGUUAAACUGAUCAGAGAGUGAAUUAUAAUUUCCUGUGAUUUAGAAACAAUCGAUCUGUAACAUGAUGUCACUGUUUAUAUUCAGGUCUCACAUCAGUGUGUCGACUGUAACUAACUUUGCUCUGUAAUCGUCAACAGGCUUCAUUAAAGACUUUUAUUUUAUAAAGUCUCUGCUGCUGAGACAAAGUGUUGGCAUGCAGCCCGUCUGAGGUGAGAGGAGAGCUUGAUCACAGGUUUGAUCAAUAACCCGUGCAGGUUAUUGAUCUUAUUGAACCUGCAGAU